UGAAGUUUUAACUCCACACGCCCCUCCAAAAGUCUUUAUCUCCCUCUUCGUCAACGCUCCUACUGGUCGCCAUUAACAAUUGGAACAAGCUACCUCCGUUGAUUAAUAUUCGAGCCCAUACAGUACAUCUGCCUAUAAAGAAGGACCCCCUGUUGGGUUCAGCUCACCUCGUACAAGAAACCUAAAACAAGGCCCAGAUCAUAUCCAUGGCUUCCCGUUUCAGUGCCUUCGUCCUGGUUUCUUGCCUUGUGAUAGCUUCGUCGCACGUUCAUGUUUCGAGCUCUGCUCACUUGGUGAAGGGGUUGUCGUGGUCCUUCUACAAGAACAGCUGUCCGAAGGUUGAGUCCAUCAUCAGGAAACAUCUCGAGAAGGUGUUCGAGGAGGACAUUGGCCAAGCUGCCGGGCUACUGCGUCUUCACUUCCAUGACUGCUUUGUUCAGGGAUGUGAUGGUUCGGUGUUGCUGGACGGUUCGGCGAGUGAAGCGAGCGAGCAGGAUGCUGCACCGAACCAGACCUUGAGACGGACAGCGUUCAAGAUCAUCGAUGACCUCCGUAAGCUCUUGGACAAGAAGUGCAGUCGAGUAGUCUCUUGCGCCGACAUUGUCGCCCUUGCCGCCCGUGAUUCCGUUUUCCUGUCGGGCGGACCUGAGUAUGAUGUGCCGUUGGGAAGGCGGGAUGGACUCACACCCGCGACUGUAAACGUGGUCUUAGAGAAUUUACCUGCACCAACUGAGAAUGCCAGCGAAAUUCUUGCUGCCCUAGCCAAGAAACACUUGGACGCCACCGACGUGGUUGCCCUCUCCGGAGGCCACACCAUCGGGCGCGCACACUGCGCCGCCUUUCAGGGACGGCUCUACCCGACCCAAGACCCCACCAUGGAGGAGGCCUUUGCCAAUGAUCUCAAGGGCGUGUGCCCCACCACAAACUCCACCAACACCACGGUCCUGGACAUCCGAUCACCCAACCUGUUCGACAACAAGUACUUUGUCAAUUUGGUGAACCGCGAAGGCCUGUUCACCUCGGACCAAGAUCUGUACGAGGACCCCACCACGAGGGACAUUGUCACCAGCUUCGCCAAGGACCGGGAGUUGUUCUUCGAGAAGUUCAUCCUCGCUAUGACGAAGAUGGGGCAACUCGAAUUGUUGACGGGGACGAAAGGAGAAAUUCGAGCUAACUGCUCGGUCACGAAUUCCGAAAACCCCGAUCUCUUGGCGUCCGUGGUGGAAGAGGACCUGGAGAGCUAUGCUGAAUUGAAGUGAUGUGACCCCUUUUAAGUGUGUGUAUCAGCGUGAGCGAGCUUUGUCUUUGCUAGGAUCUGCAACUUUUGCUCCUUUUGCUUGCUUGUUUAUAGACUGUGACAGUGUCCAAUAAAUUGCCUCAGCUGUUUAUGAGUA